AUGAUGGAUGAAGUAGAUUUUGAGCUCUGUCUGAAUAUAGAUCAAGUGGCAACUGCCUUCCACCGUGAGAAAAGGAAACGUUACUCUGUACACAAUAAUACAACCGACUCCACAAACAACACUACGUCGCGAAUCCCAACACACCAGGAGCUCAGAGAUAAUACUGCAGACGAGAGCACGAUAACCCCAAUUCCACCGGCCAAGAGAGCAAGGAUAUCACAAUCCGAAGUUUCGUACCAGACACAAUCCACGAACGCAAGUCAUCAGAGCACAGGGCCGCUGCUAGAUUCUAGUCAGUUUCUCAAUCAUUACACAGGUUUCUUUAAUCUUGAAAGCCACCAGCAAGGUCAUGGCGUCGCGAGCGGCGUCUUGCCUGCUGUGCCUUGCCAGGCUAUGAGCGAAGAGAUGGACAUAGAUAUGAUGUAUAUGGGCAGUGAAACGGAGACAGAGGCUGAAACAGAGGCGCCUCCUGAGAGGUUCCAUGGUCAGUGUCCGAUUCAAUCGUUUGGUACUUGGUCAAAUCUGUCUUUUAGUGGAGGGCUUGGAAGCUUCUCUUCGCAGCGCAACAAUUCGACGAGCAUGUUUCCCAUCUACGAGGAUCCGGUGGAUAUGGAGAUUGAGGGUGCCUUCUGCGGAGAGGAUUGGUAUUCUUCUCCCGACGAAGACAAGGAAAAUGUUGAGAACGGCCAUGAGCAGGGUAGUAUUUUGGAGGAGAUGGAUUCGAGCAACGUUGCGGUCUACCAACGGGGUUGA